AUGCAUAUUAUAAACAGCACGGUUUUGGUCUUGGUUUACGUCAUAGUCUUCUGUCUGAGCUUGUCGGGCAACACGGUGGUGAUCUUCGUGGUGAGCUGCAUGGAGAACCGCAGGACAUCUACUGACGUUUACCUGAUGCACCUGGCCAUCGCCGACCUGUUCUUUGCCUUGACUCUCCCAUUCUGGGCUGCUUACCUUCACGCCGGCCACUGGAUAUUCGGCACAAUUAUGUGCAAACUGAUUUCAGGCUUGCAGGAAGCCACAUUUUACUGCUGUGUCUUCCUGCUGGCAUGCAUUAGUGUUGAUCGCUACCUGGCCAUCGUGAAAGCAACCCAAUUCCUCACCCAAAAACGCCAUCUGGUUGGUAUAGUGUGUGCGUUGAUGUGGCUAUGUGCCUUUUUGUAGUCCCUGCCCAUUAUGGUGAAUCGCGAGGCAUUUAAGUCUGGAUAUAUGGAGGAGUAUAUAUGCCAUGACAAUUUGACCGAAAAAAGCAUCGAUAGCUGGAGGAUGAGUUUGCGGAUUCUCCACCACACUUUAGGAUUCUUCCUGCCAUUAGCCGUCAUGAUGUUCUGCUAUGGUUUCACCAUGUGCACGCUUUGCCGCACACGCAACAGCCAAAAGCAGAAGGCCAUGCAGGUCAUGUGCGUCAUGUUGGCUUUUAUCAUCUGCUGGCUGCCCAAUAAUAUCUUAGAGUUCAUAGACACCCUGAUGCGAGGCGGCCUGGUGAUGGAAAUGUGUGAGCUGAGGUACAGCAUAGAUGUGGCCUUGUACAUCACACAGGCAAUGGCUUUCUCUCACUGUGCAAUAAACCCUAUCCUGUAUGCCUUUAUUCGGAAGAAAUUCCACAACCAGCUUCUGACGUCUCUCUUUAAGAAAGGCCUGUUGUGGAGAGAAAUGCUGUUGAAAUAUUGA